AUGUCCGGGAUGUACAAAAUUGGGGAAGAAACCUAUGAAAUAUGGAUUCAUGAAAGAUGUGCUCUGUGGGCACCAAGUGUUUUCAUGGCUGGUUCUAAAUUAAUGGGAUUGGAAUGUGCUGCUUGGAGCUACUGUCGUACCAAAUGUAUGUAUUGUGAGAGAACAGGCGCCAAUGACGAUUUUCUAGAAGAAGGACUAGAUGAAACGCAAAGAUUCAAACGAUGGGUAGACAAAUUGCUUAGCUUAGAACAAAAUCCAGGCAAUCAAGAAAAAUUAAUUAAGGAAUUAGAAAAUGCAAUAAUUGCAUCGGAUGCAUCAGCCGAAGAAGAAGAAGAACUAAUAGAAGACUUAAUACAAGAAGAUUUGGCAGAAUUAGAAAACGCAGAAUUUAUGCGUAGAAAACGUGCUGAUGAAAGAGUUGUUGGAGGUAUACCAAGUGCACCAGCUGCCUGGCCUUGGGUCGUUGCUAUGUAUAGAGAUGGUAAUUUCACUGUGGAGGAGCUCUCAUUAACGACAGAUGGGUGUUGUCCGCGGCCCAUUGCGUUUUGGGAUCACUACUACGAAAUACAAGCUGGAUUAUUAAGAAGAAAGUCUUAUUCUCCUCAGGAGCAAUCAAGAACUGUAUCACAUAUUAUAGUGCAUCAGCUUUAUGACAGAACAGCGGAUCAUUUGAGAGAAGUGGAAGUACCAAUACUUCCGUUCUGCAAACAUAAAGAAGAUGAACGAGGUGCUGAAAUAUGUGCUGGACUUAUGGAAGGUGGAAAAGAUGCUUGUCAAGGAGACAGCGGUGGUCCAUUAGUAUGCCGAAAUCCAUUAAAUGAUAAACAAUGGUUUGUAGCUGGUGUAGUUAGUCACGGAGAAGGUUGCGCAAGACCCAAUGAGCCAGGAGCAUAUACAAGAGUCAGUCUUUUUAGUGACUGGAUUGAUAUUAAAAUAAAUUUAGCGGAAGAUAAUCUACCCAAACGUACACCGUUGCAAGAAUGUCGCGGUUUUGUUUGUACUUGGGGCGGAAAUCGGUGCAUACCAGCUAACCGGCGUUGCAAUGGACGCGUCGAUUGCUUAGGCGGUGAAGAUGAGAACAACUGCGAUUCAUUCGGACUCGGGUUGAGAGAAGUAGUUGCUUUAAAUCCCCCUCCUGGAGCAGAAAAGAGCAGAAUGAUGGAUCCUACCGAUAAAGUAUUCAUUAUUACAACAUUACAAAAUGCUAAUAGUACCAACCAGAAUAAAACCAAUACAUCAAAUACUAAAAAAUUCUUACACUUGAACAACAGCACAAAUGCGACAGAAGGCUUUGGAGAACGUCAUCCCAAAGCACAACCUGCUCUAUUAAAUAUAACAAAUGUAGAAGAUGUUCACACACCACCUGAAAGUAAGAUUGAAGAUAAAGAUAUUCCUUCUGCAACUACACAAGACGAUCUUACAACCAAAGAUGAAAACAUUGACAUAGGUGAACCAGUGACACAGGAAUUAGAUGAAACUACCGUGGAACCAAAAGUAAUUCCCGAUGAACCAAAUUUAAAUAUCGCAACAACUGAGUCAUUUAAUGAGGAAAAUGAUUUAGAACCCGCAGCUAAAAAUUUAGAUAUAGAAAUUUCAACAGUUCAAAAUAGUGAGCAAGUAACAAGUAUAUCCCCAACACUAUUACCGGAGAUUAUAUCCACUGAAGGUGAUGAAAAAGAAGACAAAUCAACAGAAUCACCGGCAAAAGAACUUGAUGUUGAUGACAGAUUCCUAGAAGAAGUUACAGAAAAUGUAUCAGCACACGAUGACAACUUAUCAGAAGUUACGGAAGUAGACCAAAAACCUACAACAACAAUAGCACCAGAAGGAAAAGAAUUAAAUAUUUCCAGUAUAGAAGAGAAGACUAUACACUUUCCUACAAAGAAACCUGAAGCAUCGGACAAACCUUCCAAUGUAUUUCUAUGCAAAAGGAUUCCUGAAACAAUCCCGAUACGACAGCGAUGCGAUCGAGUUAUAGACUGUGAAGAUGGCUCAGACGAAGAAUUUUGUACCUUGAACUGUAAAUCGGAUGAGUUCCAGUGCAAAGUUAGCAAACAAUGUAUUCCUAAAGCAAAACAAUGUGAUCAAGUUUUAGACUGCACAUUUAAAGAAGACGAAGUUGAUUGCUUUGCUUUAACUGACGGUCACACGAUAACUUUGGAUUAUGACGGAAGACCUACUUUUAAUUCUGAAGGAGUCUUAACAAUGAAUAUUGAUGGUGUUUGGAAGGCGGUUUGCGAAGAUAAUUGGGAUGGCAAAGCCGAAAAGACUGCUACUCAAAUUUGUGCUUUAUUAGGAUUAAGAAAACGACGUUCUGCCUACGAUAUUCCGCUUUGCAAGGGAUUCUUAGUCCAUUGCCUAACUGAUGCAACAAGCUCCCUACAUCCUAAAACAGAUGUCCUACGACCAGUGAAUGUCUUAGAUAACGCCUACCCUUGGCACGCAUCUAUUUUAAUUGAGGGAAAAUAUAAAUGCUCUGGCGUUUUAUUAGACAAACGAUGGGUUUUGAUUCCAAGCUGCUGCAUAGAAGGCGUGCAGUAA